UAUUAUCCCGAGCACGAAAAUGGCUGGAGGAAUGGAAAACGCGAGGUCUCUGGGCCGAGUGAGGGAUGCAGAGAAGGAGUCUGUGUAUGGUUAUGUGUACGCAGUGUCAGGCCCAGUGGUGACAGCUCAGAACAUGGCUGGCUCAGCUAUGUACGAGUUGGUGCGUGUAGGUCACUCUGAGUUAGUGGGGGAGAUUAUCCGUCUGGAAGGAGACAUGGCCACCAUUCAAGUAUAUGAAGAUACUUCUGGCGUGACUGUAGGAGAUCCAGUGCUGAGAACAGAAAAACCUCUGUCUGUAGAGCUAGGUCCGGGCAUUAUGGGAAGUAUUUUUGAUGGUAUUCAGCGUCCCUUGGCCACCAUUAACGAACUGACCCAGAGUAUUUACAUCCCUAAAGGUAUUAACACACCAGCCCUGGACAAGGCCAAACAGUGGGAAUUUGAACCUCUUAACAUCAAGAUGGGUAGUCAUGUGACUGGAGGAGACAUAUACGGCACAGUGUACGAGAAUAUCUUAGUGAGACACAAGAUCAUGUUACCACCUAAAGCCAAGGGAAAGGUCACCUACAUUGCGGAACCAGGCAACUACACAGUAGAUGAUGUUGUACUGGAGACAGAGUUUGACGGGGAGAAGACAAAGUACAAAAUGUUACAAGUCUGGCCUGUACGACAGCUGCGACCCACUGCAGAGAAGUUAGCAGGGAACUACCCACUGCUGACUGGGCAGAGAGUCCUAGACGCACUCUUCCCCUGUGUGCAGGGUGGAACCACGGCUAUCCCAGGAGCCUUUGGUUGUGGUAAAACUGUCAUCUCUCAGUCCCUGUCCAAGUACUCCAACAGUGACGUCAUUAUUUAUGUGGGUUGUGGGGAGCGAGGUAAUGAGAUGUCAGAGGUACUGAGGGACUUCCCUGAGCUCACCAUGGAAGUUGAGGGCAAACCAGAGAGCAUCAUGAAGAGAACAGCCUUAGUGGCCAACACCUCUAACAUGCCUGUGGCUGCUCGAGAGGCUUCUAUUUACACGGGUAUCACCCUCUCUGAGUAUUUCCGCGACAUGGGCUACAACGUGUCUAUGAUGGCAGAUUCCACAUCCCGAUGGGCUGAGGCCUUGAGAGAAAUCUCUGGCCGUUUGGCUGAGAUGCCUGCCGAUUCCGGUUACCCCGCCUACCUGGGAGCCAGAUUGGCCUCUUUCUAUGAGAGGGCAGGCCGUGUGACCUGCUUAGGCAACCCCAAGAGAGAGGGCAGUGUCAGCAUUGUGGGAGCUGUAUCACCCCCUGGUGGUGACUUUUCUGACCCGGUCACCUCUGCCACAUUGGGUAUUGUCCAGGUGUUCUGGGGACUGGACAAGAAGCUCGCUCAGCGUAAACAUUUCCCCUCUGUCAACUGGCUCAUUAGCUACAGUAAAUACCUGCGAGCCCUUGAUGAGUUCUAUGACAAGAACUUUGGGGAAUUUGUGCCUCUCAGGACAAAGUGUAAAGAAAUUUUACAAGAGGAAGAAGAUCUGUCAGAAAUUGUGCAGUUGGUUGGCAAGGGUUCUCUGGCUGAGUCUGACAAGAUCACAUUAGAAGUCGCGAAGUUGAUCAAAGAUGACUUCCUACAACAGAAUGGUUACACACCAUAUGACAGGUAUUGCCCCUUUUACAAGACUGUUGGAAUGAUCAAGAACAUCAUCUCCUUCUUUGACAUGGCACGUCAUGCUGUGGAAAGCACAGCUCAAGGAGAAAACAAGGUGACCUGGGCAAUCAUCAGGGAUAACCUGUCAGAUAUCAUCUACAAACUCAGCAGCAUGAAAUUCAAGGACCCGGUGAAAGAUGGAGAAGCCAAGAUAAAAGCAGACUUUGAAGAACUGUAUGAAGAAAUGCAAACAGCGUUCCGAAAUCUAGAAGACUAGGUCAUGAUAUUAUGUUGAUAAAUAACUGUUUGACCUUGACUAGUCAUCAUUUCUACUGGAACACAGGAACGCCUGCAGCAAGGGUAGACUUACAGAUGAAUACAGUUUUCUCAGAGGAACUGAUAGAAAAAUCUGGUAUAAGCAAAUUAUAUAUGUAUAGAAACCGUGUUGUGUAUAGGGACUGUGUAUUAUUAAGUUAACAGAAUGCGUGUGUGUAUUUGUGGCCUGGGUUUUCCCAUGUACAUACGGCCAGAAGCAUAAUCAUUACAUGUGCCAUCACGAUCAUUUUCAAUCUGUAAAUUAUUUAAAUUCUGUGUUUGAUUUAUGCUAGGUGAUUUGUCAAAUCAAAAAGUGCUUGACUGAAAAAAAAGGCAAUAUUCAAGAUGUAUGAGGUGUCAGACAUUUACUCUGUAGUUGUACCGUAGCAACACAGCUAUUUGCUGAGUUUCAGAUCUUUUCGCGCCCUGCAGAACUGCAAAUUAAAGUUGUGUGAGGGUUACUUGUAUAUCAGACUUGUUGACAUAUUCGUUUUGUUGUAUGCCGUCUAAUCUUGUUGCAAUAUUGCCACUGUUGUGACCAAUUACAAGCACAUUCCUUCAUAGAAAAUGUUACCUCAUUUCUCAAAAGAUGCUUCAGUUAUGAGAGACGGCAAAGCUCUGGACAGACAGUUCAUAUAUAAUGUGAGUGUAUUUAUACAUAGGGACAACCCAGAGGUUGUGGCUUAGUCACCAAUAAUCUCGUUCGCCAAGAAGGAAUAGAACCAUGUCACUAGGAGUAAGGUAAUAUACAUGGAAAUAAAAACAAAGGUACUAACAUCUUCAAA